AUGCCUCUCUUCGUCCUCAGCCCGGCCUCUCUGGCCCACUCGGCUCUCUUUGCCGGCUACUACUCCUAUCUCGGCGCUUCGGUCAUCAGCCUGCGUAUGAAGACGGGCCUCACCUUGGGCGAGGGCGACUCCCCCUCGAUUCGACUCAACUCCAAGAGCCCCAACGCGCAGGACGACACCAAGCUCAAGCAGGCCGUCCGCGCUCACGCCAACUUCAACGAGACUGUACCCCUUGGCUUCUUCCUCAUCUUCCUCGCCGAGCUCAACGGCGCCCCCACUAGCCUUGUCCACGCCGCCUACACCACCCUCUUCCUCUCACGCGUCGCCCAUGCCCUCGGCAUCACCGCGCCCAACGCUAGCGGCCGCGGCAGGCCGAUCGGCGCCGCCGGCACGCUCCUCGUCACCCUUGGCGCCGGUCUCUACAACCUCAACCUCGGCUGGGAGCCUCUCAAGUCGUUCCUCGGCUUCAAGUAA